AUUGUGCUCUGUUCCUGCAUGUCCUGCUGCCCUGAACUGUCCUGAGCUAGGUGACAGCGUGUCACGCUGCCACCAUGAACGAGGUGUCUGUCAUCAAAGAAGGCUGGCUCCACAAGCGUGGUGAAUACAUCAAGACGUGGAGGCCCCGGUACUUCCUGCUGAAGAGUGAUGGUUCCUUCAUUGGCUAUAAGGAGCGGCCCGAGGCCCCUGACCAGACGCUGCCCCCUUUAAACAACUUCUCCGUUGCGGAAUGCCAGCUGAUGAAGACCGAGAGACCGCGGCCCAACACGUUUGUCAUACGCUGCUUGCAGUGGACCACAGUCAUCGAGAGGACCUUCCAUGUAGACUCUCCAGAUGAGAGGGAAGAGUGGAUGCGGGCCAUCCAGAUGGUCGCCAAUAGCCUCAAGCAGCGGGGCCCAGGCGAGGACCCCAUGGAAUACAAGUGUGGCUCCCCUAGUGAUUCUUCUGCGGCUGAAGAGAUGGAAGUGGCAGUUAGCAAGGCACGGGCCAAGGUGACCAUGAAUGACUUUGACUAUCUCAAGCUCCUCGGCAAGGGCACCUUCGGCAAAGUCAUCCUGGUGCGGGAGAAGGCCACCGGCCGCUACUACGCCAUGAAGAUCCUACGGAAGGAGGUUAUCAUCGCCAAGGAUGAAGUCGCCCACACAGUCACCGAGAGCCGGGUCCUCCAGAACACCAGGCACCCGUUCCUCACUGCGCUGAAGUACGCCUUCCAGACCCAUGACCGCCUGUGCUUCGUGAUGGAGUACGCCAACGGUGGGGAGCUGUUCUUCCACCUGUCCCGGGAGCGCGUCUUCACGGAGGAGCGGGCCCGCUUUUAUGGUGCAGAGAUCGUCUCGGCCCUGGAGUACCUGCACUCAAGGGAUGUGGUGUACCGCGACAUCAAGCUGGAAAACCUCAUGCUGGACAAAGACGGCCACAUCAAGAUCACUGACUUUGGCCUGUGCAAAGAGGGCAUCAGUGAUGGGGCCACCAUGAAAACCUUCUGCGGGACCCCCGAAUAUCUGGCACCCGAGGUCCUGGAGGACAACGACUACGGCCGGGCUGUGGACUGGUGGGGGCUGGGCGUGGUCAUGUACGAGAUGAUGUGCGGCCGCCUGCCCUUCUACAACCAGGACCACGAGCGCCUCUUCGAGCUCAUCCUCAUGGAGGAGAUCCGCUUCCCGCGCACGCUCAGCCCUGAGGCCAAGUCCCUGCUGGCUGGGCUGCUUAAGAAGGACCCCAAGCAGAGGCUCGGCGGGGGGCCCAGCGAUGCCAAGGAGGUCAUGGAGCACAGGUUCUUCCUCAGCAUCAACUGGCAGGAUGUGGUACAGAAGAAGCUCCCACCGCCCUUCAAACCUCAGGUCACAUCCGAGGUCGACACCAGGUACUUCGAUGAUGAGUUCACUGCCCAGUCCAUCACAAUCACACCCCCGGACCGCUAUGACAGCCUGGGCUCUCUGGACAUGGACCAGCGGACUCACUUCCCCCAGUUCUCCUACUCGGCCAGCAUCCGCGAGUGAGCAGUGCCUGCUGCUGCCGCUGGGGCAGGGGGGGCUUUGUCUUUUUGUUUUUUUGGUCUUUUUUGUUUGCCUCUCCAUCCCUCACCCCUUACCCCCAUUUCUAGUUUUCAGCCCUCUGCCAGCCUCCUCUCAGUGGACCCAGUGGCCCUGCCUCCAGGAUCCUGUCCUGCCCUCACUUUUGCGCCCAGAUCAGGACUGGGGAGACUCUGCCGCUGCCCCAGGACCUGGCCUUUGGGCAGUUGGGAAGAUCUUGGGUUUUGAUCAACACAAGCCCCAGUGAGGAGCGAAAGCCGGGGGGGGGGGGGGGGGGGGCUGCCUGAAUAUUGGCUGGGCGCCCACGGCUGCCUGCUCUGUGCUGUGCUGCCCUCAGAGGUGCGGACAGCGCUCUGGGCUGCCUUCCAUGCCUGUCAUUAGGCUCCGAGUGGCCUGGUGAGGGGACAGCCCAGCCCCCUCCCCACCCAGCAGCAGAAAAGCAGUAAUGUCCAGGCCCAGGUGGGGGCCUUUGGGAGCUGCAGGAGCAGAGGUCCAGGGCUCCCUCGGGCUGGGGUCGAUUACCUGGAGGGGAACCCAGAGCGGCCAAGGGGAUGGACGCUGCCUCCCUGCGCCCCACGCUGCUCUCCUGACCCUGUGGACGAAGUAGGAGGAACAUGUGGGGCCUAGCCUUCCCACCCCAAGCCCCGUGCCUUACCAGGGCUUCCUUCCAGCCAGCCUUACCUCCUGCUGGACCUGGGCCUGGCCCCUCCCAGAAUGGGGGCCAGGAUUGCCCCUUCUCUCUGCCUGGGGUGGAGGGGUGCCAGCCUCGGCUGUUACACAUCUCGCACCGAGACAGUAUUGGGCCCCAUGAACUUGGUUGAGGAGGGGGCAGGGAUGGGUGUCUCUGGUACGUACUGGGGUGGGGGCCUCUGAGAAGGAGGCUCCAGGCCACCCCCCUCCCCCAGCCCCACGUUCUGCAGCCUUAAGGUGAACGUGUCAGUGCUAUGGGCACUCGUGUGCGUGCGUGCCUUGGAUUGUGUGCUGUUGGUGUCCUUGUGCAUCUGAGACAGUGCACAUGGGGUGUGUGUGUGUGCAUGUGUGCUGGGUAUGUAUGUGUGAGAGCAAGCGUGUCCCGGCCUCAAGUGUGUGGUGUGUGUGCGUAUGUGUGUGGACUCGGGCCCCUGGCCCUGACCCCAGCAUUUCUUCCCAGGGGAAGGGUGGCUGGCCUAGUGUGAGAGCCACACGCGAGGUCCACUUGCUGCCCUGUCUCUCCCCCUUCCCCACCAACAUCUCCGGGUGUUUGGAAUGUAACUUUUGUGGUUUUGAUCUUCCCACCUCCUGUACUAGGUAGUUCACCGAGAGACAUCUGGGGUGGGUGGGGCUGGUUUGGGGGGUGGGAGGUCUCUUCUUUUUGUGUGUGUAUGUCAUUUAUCUGACAGUUCUCCCUCUUCCCCACUGGCCUUUCCCUGUUCCUCAUAUUUGUACGGUACAAGCAAUAAAGACUCUUUCAGACCGGGCCCA